CAACAAUCCAGUCAAGGUAUUUGAUUGGUUAAAAUGAUCGCUGUUUGAAAACAACCGCGGGAUGUUGAAAUCGAAUACACCGUGAAACAAAACAAAAAAUGCGGAGGAUUCAGUCAAACCACAAGUUGUCCAGAGUGGCGAUGUACGAUGACUUGCUUCGUACAGCAAGAGUUCUUCGUGAGUCGUGCGAACCAGAGUUCCGCACAUUUGUGCGAAAUCAAAGUUUGUGUCGAAAAAAAUGGAAUGCUGCCGAGUCAAAGGUGGAAAGUCUGCAUGAUCAAGUUAAACAGCUGCAGGCAGAGAAAGCAGCUCUGCACACUCGAUUGAAACAUUCAUGCACGACUGUUGAUACAGAAAUGCACAAGAGGAAGCAAGUUGAAUAUGAAAGAGAAAUGUUGGACCGCCAACUGGCUCUUAUCCGUGACCUUCUGAAUGACCGGAACAACUGUACCAUCCAGAUGAACGAGCGAGAUCGAGAGCGCUUCAGUGCCUUAAUUAACACAACGCAGACUAAGUCCAACUAUGAGCAGGAUUCUCCUUCCAAACGGUUGAACACCAUCAUGGAAUCGUCGGCGUCAAUACUGUCUGAUGUUGACUAUGAUCCAAGUGAGGGAGACAUCGAUAUCUCCUGUCUGAAUGGUGGGCGCCGGCGUUACAGCAAGCGGCAUAGUCCCUCGGCUCCACCAAUGGAAGACGAUUACGGGAGAUACUCACCUAAACGACACAGGGUUGAUGAUGAUGAUCAUGACAAUUCGAUCAUCACAACGACUACGAUUACUGUCAACGAGCAUGGCAAUCCAGUGUCGGCGACCACAGAGGUGUCCGUUCCCAAACUGAACCGGAGUUUCAGCGAACCCGCUCUCGACAAGCAUUUUAACCCAGCUCUAGUCAAUGACAGGGAUGCAGACAGUGAACCCGAGUCGGAUGAGUCAUAUCUUGGGACUCCACGGAACAGAAACAACAGUCGGAUGCGAUCACAGCGAGGGAUCCUGAAGAAAUCAAAUACACCGACGCUCGGUAGAAGCAGUUCGGCAGGGAAUGGUCUGAACAGAGUUCAUGUGUUUAUGUCGAAGUCCGUCAUGAUCCCGGAGACGUGUAUACCAUGUGGACAGAGGAUAAGAUUUGGGAAAAUGGCCAUGAAGUGUAAAGAUUGCCGUUCUGUGUGCCACGUGGAGUGUAAAGAUAAUCUUCCUCUUCCCUGUAUUCCGUCCUGUCCAAACACACCGGGCAACAAAAGUGCUAAAAUUUCCGGGGGUUUAAUUUCGGACUACACACCAAGUGAUCCACCAUAUAUACCAGGACUUGUGGUUCAUUGUGUCAAUGAAAUAGAAUCUCGUGGACUUGAUGAAGUUGGCAUCUACAGAGUACCGGGCUCUGACAAAGAGGUUAAAGAAUUGAAGGAGAAAUUUUUAAAGAAGAAAGGAACACCAAACCUGGCCAAUAUCAGUGAUAUCCAUGUGGUGUGUAGCUGCCUGAAAGACUUCCUGCGAUCCCUGAAGGAGCCUCUAAUUACAUACGGCCUGUGGAGGGAGUUUGUCAAUGCUGCAGAAAGACAGAACCAGCAGGAAGCCAUAGACCUGAUUUGCAAGGCUGUGAUCAAACUCCCUGUAGCAAACCGAGACACCCUAGCGUUUCUCAUUCUUCAUCUUCAGAGAGUUGCCGAGAGUCCCAAGUGCAAGAUGCCCGGAGGAAAUCUGGCCAACAUUUUCGGUCCUACAAUUGUGGGUUACUCGUCUGCGGAACAAAACCCUAAAACAGACCUCUUCAUGGAAACACGGAAACAGAAAAUGGUAAUGGACUUGCUCUUGAGUGUAUCUACCGAUUACUGGGUACAGUUCAUUGAGGUUGAGAAUAUUUCUCUCUACCCAGCGAUUGAGCCCUCUACAGCCAGAACACCUGACACAGUUCCUCGUAGUCGACUAGGACCUGUUCUUACACCAGGAUCAUAUGAAAACCAGACGAUGCAUAUGCAGUCGAGAACUCAGAACAGUUGCACUCCAACACUGCCAAACAGAACAUCAAGAAAUACAUCACGGAAUCCAAGACAUUUCUUCGCAUCACCAUUUGUGACAUGAAGUCUGAUGGACUACUGACAAUAACUUGACAUUUUCAUAUAUCUACUUCAUGUCAAAAUGUUUAGCUGUCACAAGUUGUAGUUGUGCACAAACAUAUCAACCGAUACAUAUUUCAUAGUAUUGCAUGUACAUGUUUUUCAGUAACUUGGAAAGUAGAUUUACAUAUGCAGAUACUUAGUCUUCUCAAAAUGUUACAAGAUUACAAUAAGCAUUUUGUAACUUGAUUUUCACUAGAAGGAAUAUAAUUUCAUAAAUAGCAAAAUACUCUUUACCAUCCCAUAUCAGUAAAGCAAUUGUUAUUUCCUCAGGACAAAACAAUCCUAAUUUUAUAUUUCUUUAUAUUUUUUAUUUGUAGAGAAUGCUUAACUCUUCUUUUGAAUUGAAACUUCCUCAGGUAAAUAACUAUAUUUUUUAACCUUAGAAAUUAGGAAUGAAUAAAUUAAAAUGGUGUCACUUUACAAAGUUCUCAGAUAUAAAAUAUCAUCGUUCUGGUAAUUGGGUCCAAUGGUUCGGCUAAUCAUCAAGGUAUAUUAUGUUGUGACGUUUAUUUAGGUUACCAUGACCUAGUUGUAAAGGAUAGGUUUUGAACAACUAGUGUGCAUACAAGCACAUACAGGUUUGUUCCUCUUAUAAAUAGAUGUAUAUAUAUCAUAUGUAUUUUGUUUUUAAUGUGUAGAAUUUUUAUAUUUUGGCAGUAGACUUGAAAUCAUGAUAGUAUUUAGCAUAAUUUAUGAAGGUGCAUUUAUUUAUUACAUUCAUUCCUUAUAUUAAACAUAACAGGAAAAUUAUGGUCCGAUUAAAGGGUUUUGUAUUGUGGAAAAAAAACCCACACCGUCUAAUGGUAUCGUUAAGAUGCCCUUAACCAUAUGUCUGACGCCAUAUAACCGUAAAUAAAAUGUGUUGAGUGCGUCGUUAAAUAAAACAUUUCUUUCUUUCUUUCGUUAAGAUGCAGUCUGUAUUAUUAUUCCGAAAAUGCUGCCCAUGCAUUUGGCAGUAAUGACAGCAACUGUGAUAGGUGUAGUAUCUCUCAUUGAAAAAAAUUCUCAUUUCGACGUGCGACAGAACAUGACAACAGCUGAAGCCUGCUCUGAUUAAAUUGGGUUUUAAACAUUUUCAGUUGUUAAAUAAGGUGAAAAGUAUUGUAGAGAUAGGCAAAUGAAUUUGUUGACAAGAAGUGUCUUAAAAUGUCCAGAUACAGUUGGGUUUUUUCAUAAAGAAUGGGUUUCCUUCACACCAAAGUAUCAGUAAUAAUGGUUUAAAAAGAUAUGUUAUGACUGUAUCUAGAAUUCUUGUUAACAACCAAAUAUAACUUUGCUUUGCUGCAAAUGAGUUUUAGUUUUUCUUUAACGAAUGCACUACACUUGGAUAAAUCUUUUACAAAAUUAUCCAUAGUUCUGUAUAUACUAUGUUCUGUACAAUCGUUUUUAAAACUAUACAUGUACCUGUAUACGAAAUGUUAUUCAACUGUACAGGAUUAUCCAACGAGAACUGCUUGCAGGAUCUUUUAUUCGGUUUGUAAAAUAAUCUCACACUGAAAAUGUCGGAGCACAUUUUGCUAUUGAAAUCUGUGUAUCUGCCCCUUCAGCACGCACACGCACACAAGAGAAUCCUUCAGUCCUUCGAGAAAUAGUUUAAAAUAUUGUUUAUUUAAGUUUUGUCUGAAGAUUUAAAGCCACAACACAUACUUUUUUGUAACAACAGUUUUGUGCCAGGGCCUUACUACAAACAUCUGAAUCACAGGUAUUAUAAUGAAUUUGCCAAAAUUAAUAAUUUAAUCAAAAUGUAAUGUGUAAACAGUAAACAAGGGGGGGAAAACCCUGUAAUACUAAUAGCAUGAAACGUUUUACACUGCCUGAAAACUUGGGUAAGUGGCUUUAAAUAUCCGUAACUGUUCAACUGUUUUUUGACAGACAGUUUCAGACCAUAUUCCAAAUCGUAAAUAGUCUGUUUCCUUUGUUAUUCUACCAUAAUUUGCAGAAUAAAAUGUCUCCAAAAUAAGUAUUCUAUUUGUAGUUUACCACCUUUAAAAUACAACACUGCAAGCGGUUUCUCUUUGUAUUAUAGUGGAUAUGUCUAAGCUGAAUCGACAUGAGAUUACAACGGUUUAUAGACCUUUUCAAGUUAUAAACCUGUUAUUUAGGAGCAAAAAAAUGAGUCUAGUUGAUACAAUUUCAUUGACUAGAUACAUGUUGGUUUAGAUGGUCCAGUGUAUUUGUUUAUAUUGCUAUUUGUGUAUGCUGCAGUCUUUCAUAUUCUUCACUUGGAAAUAAAAUCAUAAUGCAUC